AUGCCUGUUCAAAUAAAGUCGGCUUGCCGCCUGGUCAACACAACCUUCAUUAUGUGUGGAAUCUUUGCGUACUGCUCGUACCUGACGGAGCGUGACCGCGGCUACGUCUGCGAGUUGCUCUGCAACGCGCUUGCGCGUAUGGAGUACCGUGGCUACGACUCGGCCGGUAUCGGUAUUGACGGCGACUCGCCCACCGACCCGUACAUCCUCUUCAAGGAGGUCGGCAAGGUCUCGGCUCUCCGCAAGCACGUUGCUGGCGGCAUUCCGACUCCGGCACCGGGCAACGAGGCUAACGCUCUCACCACCCCCGUCGACAUGAAGAAGCUCUUUGUUAGCCAGACGUCGAUGGCUCACACCCGCUGGGCGACUCACGGUGUUCCCUGCAGCCUCAACUGCCACCCUCACGUCAGUGACCCCUUAACCGAGUUCUCUGUCGUCCACAACGGUAUUAUUACCAACUUUAAGGAGCUCAAGCUUGUCCUCCAGAAGCGUGGCUACGUCUUCCGCACCGACACCGACACUGAGUGCGUUGCCAUUCUCUGCAAGUAUGUCUACGAGAGCCAGCCCAACAAGCGCCUCAACUUCCAGACCCUCAUCAAGACGGUCCUCAAGGAGCUCGAGGGCUCGUUUGCGUUUGUCUUCAAGUCGGUCCACUUCCCCGAUGAGAUUAUCGCUGCGCGUCGUGGUUCGCCCCUCCUCAUCGGUGUCAAGUCGGAGCGCAAGCUCAAGGUCGACUUUGUUGACGUUGAGCUCCAGGACGACAAGCAGAUCCCCGUGCCCGAGGCUGUUGACGGUCAGGGCCUUCUUGCCGUCCCUGCCAACGGCACCGCUGCCCCUGGCUCCAACCUCCGCCGUCAGCAGUCGCGCGCUUUCCUCUCUGAGGACGGCAUGCCCCAGCCGAUCGAGUUCUUUGUGGCCUCGGACCCUGCUGCCAUUGUCGAGCACACCAAGAAGGUUCUCUACCUUGAGGACGACGACAUUGCGCACAUUGCGGACGGCCAGCUCCACAUCCACCGUCUCCGCCGCGACGACGGUCUCUCGUCGGUUCGUGCCAUCGAGACCCUCGAGAUCGAGCUCGCCGAGAUCAUGAAGGGCCAGUACGCCCACUUCAUGCAGAAGGAGAUCUACGAGCAGCCCGAGUCAGUCGUCAACACCAUGCGUGGCCGUGUCAACUUCGACAACAACACUGUCACUCUUGGUGGCCUCAAGGCGUACCUCCCUGUCAUCCGUCGCGGCCGCCGCCUCCUGUUCGUCGCGUGCGGUACCUCGUACCACUCGUGUAUCGCUGCCCGCCCGGUGUUCGAGGAGCUCACUGAGAUUCCCGUCGCUGUCGAGCUUGCGUCCGACUUCCUUGACCGCCGCACGCCCGUCUUCCGUGACGACGUCGCCAUUUUUGUCUCGCAGUCUGGUGAGACCGCCGACACCAUCCUCGCCAUGCGCUACUGCCUUGAGCGUGGCGCGCUCUGCCUUGGUGUCGUCAAUGUCGUCGGCUCGACCCUCUCGCGUGAGACCCACUCGGGUAUCCACAUUAACGCUGGUCCCGAGAUCGGUGUCGCGUCCACCAAGGCGUACACCUCGCAGUACAUCGCCCUCAUCAUGAUGGCCGUCCAGCUCGCCUCGGACUCGAUGUCCAAGGCUGCGCGCCGCGCCGAAAUCAUCGCUGGCCUCCACGACAUCCCAGGCCAGAUCAAGACCAUCUUGACCAUGGACAAGGAGAUCCAGCAGCUGGCGACCACGUUUGCCAAGCAGAACUCGCUCCUUAUCAUGGGCCGUGGCUACCAGUUCGCGACUUGCCUUGAGGGCGCGCUCAAGAUCAAGGAGCUCUGCUACAUGCACUCGGAGGGUAUCCUGGCCGGUGAGCUCAAGCACGGCCCUCUGGCGCUUGUCGACGAGCACCUUCCCAUCAUCUUCAUCAUGACCAAGGACUCGCUCUACCCCAAGGUCCAGUCGGCCCUCCAGCAGGUCAUUGCCCGUAACGGCAAGCCCAUCGUCUUCAUCACUGAGGGCGAGGAGGCUCCCGCCGACGUCAAGACGGUCGUCGUCCCCAAGACCACCGACUGCCUCCAGGGUCUCCUCAACGUCAUCCCUCUUCAGCUCCUCUCGUACCACAUCGCUGUCCAGCGCGGCGUCGACGUUGACUUCCCUCGUAACCUCGCCAAGUCUGUGACUACCGAAUAG